UUCUUCUUCCUCCUCUUCUUCUUCUUGUUAUUCCUCCGCAUCGGAAUUACCCUCCCUAUUAUCACCCCCAAGACGUAAACGCCUUCGCUUGCAUUAUACCUCUCCCGAACCGUCCUCCAUGCAGAUUACCAUCAAUAAUACCGCUGAACAGCAGCCCACUCAUCAAACCAACGGCAAGUUGGACAAAGACGACUCUUUAGGUAGAGUACGAAAGGGUGAACUUGUUCGUCUCAUUCUUCAGUCAUUACAAGACCUCGGUUAUCGGGAUGCUGCUGAUCAGUUACAACGCGAUUCUGGGGUAUCAUUGGAAUCAGAAACAGUGGGUCAAUUUCGUCAAGCCGUCUUAAAUGGAGAUUGGGCUUUAGCAGAAUCAUUGCUGUCAACGUUAGCUCUCGUACCUUCCGCCAAUCCAGCCGAAGCCAUCUUUCUGCUGCGACAGCAACGUUUCUUGGAAUUACUAGAAGCAAGAAAAGUGAUGAAGGCGCUUCACGUAUUACGGAAUGAACUUCAACCACUCGGGCAGCAGGUGGAUCGACUGCAUGAAUUAUCAAGCUUGAUCCUAUGUUCAUCGGCUGCCGACGUGAAAUCACAAGCACAGUGGGAUGGUGCCAAUGGAACAUCAAGAGAAAACUUGCUCAUAGAAUUACAACGUUUUAUUGCUCCUACGACGAUGAUUCCGAAAGCACGGCUAUUAACAUUAAUCAAUCAAGCAUUUGAUUGGCAACGACGGGAAUGCCUCUAUCACGAUAGUAUUGACGCUCAUUAUUCAUUAUUUGCCGACCAUGCAUGCGAUAAAAAUCGAUUUCCUUCAAAAACAAUCCGCGUGCUCGAAGGUCAUCAGGAUGAGGUGUGGCACAUUGCAUUUUCUCAUAAUGGACGAUAUAUGGCCUCUGUUUCUAGAGACAAGACAUGUAUUAUUUGGGACGUGGAGACAUUUGAAAAACUUCAAGUCCUGUCCGGACCACAAGAACAUAGCUCUUACUGUGCAUGGUCACCAGAUGAUACCAAGCUGUUGACAUGUGGAUGUGAUUUCGCGUUACGGCUGUGGGAUCCCAUGGCUGGCCAGUUACUACACACAUUCUCGGGUCAUAAAGAACAAGUGACAAGUUGUGCCUGGUUGCCUGACGGUCAACAUUUCAUUUCCGGAGCGUGUGACAAGACACUUUGCUUAUGGAACGUGGACGGAAGCAUGAAAAAUUAUUGGCCUGCACAGCGGAUCCUCGACGUACAAAUCACCCGUGAUGGUAGACGUCUCGUCACCAUCAGUUAUGAGAAGUGUAUAGGUGUCUAUGAUAUCAACAAUUUCACUGUACGGGAGAAGUAUCAAAUCCCUGAAAUGGAAACAAUCACUUCGUUGACCUUGAGUCGGGAUGGACGCUACGCUUUGGUCAAUGUCCAGGAAUCACAAGAGGUUCAUCUGUGGGAUCUUGAUGAAGAAACUCUGGUACGAAGAUAUUGCGGACAAAAGCAAGGAUUCUACAUCAUUCGUUCCACACUGGGCGGCAAUGACGAAUCUUUCGUACUAAGCGGUAGCGAAGACAACUGUGUAUAUGUAUGGAGCCGAGAUCACCAGAGUGUUUUGGAAGUGUUGGAGGGACACACCAAAACGGUCAACUGUAUUAGCUGGUAUCCGAACAACGGAAUGAUGUUUGCGUCGGCUAGUGAUGAUCGAACUAUUCGCAUCUGGGGUUUACCUGAAGAUGACCCAUCAUCUAAGGCGUCAACGCAACCUUUAUGUGAUACUGCAAAGGGGAAACUAAGGAUUUAAGCGGCCCGAUGCAUCCCCUUGUGUCUAUACACUUUUUUUUUUCCAUUUGCCAAUACCUCUUGUUUUCUUUUUUACUUUUGCUUUUGCUUUUCGCUUUGGUCAGCCAUGUGUAUAAUGUCUUUUUUUUAUUUUCUCGUCUUCUUUUCCGCAUUUGCUAUUCUUUGGUCGAUUUAUUUUAUUGUUCUCUUUUUCUUUUUUGGUUGUCUUAUUGGCUUGCUAGUGGGUUUCAUCUUUCUUUCUCAUCUUCGUGAACAAGAAAAAAAAAAAUGUUCAAAACAUCACUCUGGGGUUUGCUUUUGUCAUGGGCGCCGUCAAGGGCAGCAGCCGCAUACGAUGCCAUCAUUUUGAAUAGGCGGAUUCUGAAAUGGUCGGAGACUGAAAAUACCAAAACAAAAAAUAGAGCGACUACGUUUCUUCGUUGUCCAUCCAAGCGUGCA